AUGCUCGACUUCACUCUGUCCGACAAGCAAAAAGAGCUGCGAAAUGGCUCUCGCGCAUACGCAGCAAAGGUUUUGACCGGUGCUCACGCGGUCUACUCUAAGAAGCCGGAUCAGAAGGAAAGGUUUCGGUCCAUCCGAUCCUUCUACCGGACGGCCGUCGCAGCUGGCCAGAUCAAAGGUCAGAUUCCCGUCCCGCUUGGUGGGGCAUGCGAGUCUCUGCUCGACGCAGCCAUCAUCUUGGAAGAGCUGUACGCCACAGACCCCAGUGUGACUUUGACAGUCGCUGCUACGGGACUGGGUCUGACGCCACUGAUCAUGUCGGGACAUGCGAAGCUUCAGAAGAAGUAUUUUGCUCCUUUCUUGAAGGAUGAAGGUGAGCCUCUGGCUAGCUUGGUCCAUUCCGAGCCUGGCGGGACUGCCAACUGGCUCGAGAAAGGUGCAAAGGGACUGCAAACUACUGCAAGGAAAGAAGGAAACGAAUGGCUGAUUGACGGAGAGAAGGUGUGGACAACCAACAGCGGCGGUUGGGAUGGCAAGGGCGCCGAUCUUCAAUGCGUGGUCUGCAGACAGACAGAAGGGGAAUUCGCCGAUCCCUCGCAGGCCAUCAUCAUUCUGCUCGUCGACCGCGAGAUUGUUGCACAGAACGGUCCCAACGCCUACGAGAUUCUAGCGGAGCCGGAUUUGAUGGGCCAUCCUGCCACCACGGGCCCGCACAGCAAAUUCACCGACUUCCGAGUUCCAGAAGAAAACGUACUUGCGGCGGGCGAAGCUGCUGCGACGCUCGUAGAGCAGUCUUUCACGGCCUCCGCUGCGCUUGUGGGCGCCUUCUCGGUCAGCGUCAUGCGCGCCGCCUUCACUGCUGCACUCGACUUUGCGAAGAAAGACAGCCGUGGAGGGACGGUGCCUCUGAUCCAAAGGCAGAGCGUUGCGGAUCUGCUGAUCAACAUCAAAAUGCGGAUGGACUCGUGUCGCUUGCUGACGUGGAAGGCCUUGUAUUCGCUCGAGAACGGACCUGGGGAUUUCAAGGCUCGACAAGAGCUCUGUCUGGAGUCCAAGAUCUUCGCGUCGGACAAUUGUGUCAAGUGCGUGACGGACGCGAUGAGCGCGGUCGGCAUGCUCUCUUAUCGCACCGACCAACCCUUCGCUCGUCUAUUGAACGACGCAAUGUGUCUGCCGUUGUUCGAUGGUGGCAACAUUGGCAUCAGGAGACGCCAGAUGGAGAAGAUCUUCCAGCAGGAGGAUUACGAUCCCAUGUCUGCGUUCUGA